UCGUCAGAUCUGAUCCUUGUCUGGUGUGUGAUUUUCUUCUAUUGUGUGUGAAAAAUCAAUUUUGCUGCAGUGAAAAUUGAGCAGAAGUAAAACAGCAUCCGUGGGACGAAUGGCGAAAAAUAAAUGCACCAUUCUGCUCGGGUACGACGAUGAACCGAUUGCGGACAAGGAUAAAGCGUAUCUGAACCAUACGGUGAACAAGAUCGGUGGCGCGGCUAAUUGGCCCGCUUCGGAGAUCGGGAUUGCACCGUGCCCAUUGUGCGGGCAGCAUCGUCCGCUGAUUUUGCAAAUCUACGCGCCGCUGGAGAAUUCUCAGUUCCACAGGACGCUAUACAUUUUUGCCUGUUUGAAUGCUCCUUGUUCCACCCAGUCGCAAAGCUGGGUUUGCGUGAGGACCCAAGCACUGGAGAAAAGCCCAGUGGAAAACGAGACUGUUCAGGUUCUGAAAACGGCUGCCAGUAAUGUUGCUUGGUGCAGCGGAGCCGACGAUUGGGACGAUGAGGAAACCGGUGCAGAGGACACCUUCAUGCGGGUGGAUACCGGGAACGUUCCGGACUUGGCGAAUGAAGAGAAUGGGAAUGUUAUAAGGUAUGAAAAUAGUAAGAUAUCGGACGAAGAUGAGGAGAGUAAUUCGUUGGAGAACGACCCAGUACCGGGAUUCGGGAAUCUGCGAGUCGACGAAAGGAAUGCCAACGGAGGUGGAGCCAAGGGAGGGUUGAUUGAUAAUUUAUAUACGUGCAAAGCGACGGCAGAAAUCGAAGGGACGGAAGGCGACGUGGUGGUAGUGGAAACACCUGUUUCGCCCAAGAGAGACUUGUUGGCGUUGCUCAAGCAACCGCAAAUCAUUCCACGAGAUCUGAAGGAUCUUACCCUGAAGAGCUUUUACAUUAGUGUGGAUGAAGAACGCUCGUCGUCUCCGGUUAUAAGUGAACAUGUGCGCGAGUUGCUGCAGGAAUACCAAAAACACGAGGAAGUUAAGACGAGCCCAGAUAGUCCAAUGGGUCAUGGAGCAGUUGGCGGUGGUCAUCCGGCACCGAUGGAGCAGGAACACUAUGAAAAAGGCAUUCCCAUCCACGGUGAUCUAAUGUUUCACAACUUUAUGUCAAAGCUACAGGAAAAUCCAGGGCAAAUAUUGCGAUAUUCGCGCAAUGCUUCACCCGUCUUGAUUGCUCCGCUGAAAGAGCUACUUCCACCCAUCUGUCAGCACUGUGGCCAUGAACUGAUGUGUGAAGUUCAAAUACUGCCAACUAUUAUCGAAAAGCUGCGAUUAGAGGCUACCGGCGAGAAUGCUCCAAUCGAUUUUGGGAAUGUCCUUGUGUGGACUUGCAUCAAGAGCUGCUGGGAUACACCGGACAAAAUGCGAACCGAGCAGGUGCUGGUACAGCAGGAGUCCCUCUCAAAAGGAAUUUUGCAGUAGAUGGAUUCGUAAUGUGAUCCGCGCCUGUGUAGGAGUAGGUUGAAAAGUGAUCUUACCAAAACCGUAAAUUUGUUAUCCAAGCAGAUUAUCUCUUGAACGAUAUUAUGCAACCGCUCUUAAUACCAACUUAUCUGUGACUUUUAACCGUUUUUAGAUGCCUAGAGUUAGAGAAAACUUUCUGAAUACAGAAAAUUAAAUAACAUUAAACAGGAUCGAGUAUCGCAAUUUUAAAAGCAUUUGCAACCAAAUAUUAUCCGUCAUAUGUCAAUUGAACGAGUUACCUUAGCGUCGGCAGAAUGAACUAGAAAGAAAAGACGACGACAACAUUGAAUGUUUAACGUAAACGUAUCGAAAAAAGGAACCUAGAAGCAUGUGCGCAGCUGAACACGAUGAUCACCCAGUGGACAGUUUUUUGAUAGAACAUUUUAAUGUGAACCGUUGAAACUUUUAGCAAAGGGUCUUCCUACGUUUUAUCUAUAUAACCAGCAAAUACCGAACCGGGAAGACUUACUCUCUAGAAAAGGAACCGAUAUCCUUCUGGUAGAUUUGGAUGUUGAUUUUACAAUGCAAAUAAACAGAUAGACUCCAAUGUUAGCAGUUCCCCUUGAAACAAAAUAAAAUCUAGGAUCACUUGUGUGAAAUAUUUUAUCAAGCAUUUCAAAACUAGGUACAUGGCAAUAGCUGCAGUAACUGUGUAGGAUUAACGUGCAAAUUUCGUUGACACUGUUUCCUUUACUCUCAGAAACGUUUAGUAGCAGUUAAAUGAAUCAUUAUUCAACAACACAAUGCAACGUACUAAAUAAUUAAACCAUAAAUUGAGCCAACGUUCAAA